AUGGCUAUGCAAAACCAUGAGGCCGACUUCCCGCCUCUACCAAUGCUAGAGGUGAAGGAAGCUGAAAGCAAAACCGUUCCACAUGAACGCACACAGGCCUUAGAAGGCACGAAUGCUUCUGCUAGUAUAAUCACUGCUUUCACCACUGCUACCACCACAACCAACACGAAUACGGAUAACAAUUUUGCCGUGGCUUUGAAGCCAAAGAAACGACUAAUGCAUUUCUCGAAAGAAAAAUUACUUGCCUGCAAAAAAAUGUUUACAAAAAAUGAAGUCACCAUUCAAUUACAGACACCUGAAAACACUACAAAAAAUAUCGCAAAAAAAAACCCAAUCAUUUACAAGACACUCAACGCAAAAACAAAAGUACAUGAAACAGCCACUCAUGGAAAUGUGGAACAUCAGCAACCAACAAGCCAGCCAAACCAAACAUCACCAGCGCCACCAAAAAUAGAUACAACACCAUCAUCACCAACAACAACAACAGCUCCACAUGAAGAAGAGGAAACCAAAAAGACUCAUACCCCACACCCAAAAUUCCAAACACCACAUCUCAACUGUCACCAAACAGCACCACCACCACCAACAACAAAAUCAACACACUCAGUAAUAGAUCCCAAUACCCUUCCCCUCCCACCCUCUGAUUUCUCCGACAUGUCGUCAGAUGAAGACGACACAGAGGAUUGGCAAGUGGCCACAGGGUGA